CUGGCAGUUGUCUGAGGUUCUUCAGUAGAAUGUGAGGGGAGCCACACAGAUACCGCACAGACUAUUCCAAGACUGGUUUACGUUGAGAGCUGUUGCUCUACUUUAGUGCGGCAGAAAAAUGAGGUUGCAACAAUUCCUUUUUGCGUUUCUGCUUUUCGCGAUGAGUCUUCUUCUUAUCAACGGACAGAGACCAGCUAAUUUGGCAAUGAGAAGAAAAUCGCACAGACACAACUGCCUUCAGAGGAGAUGUGUGCCUCUCCAUUCACGGGUGCCUUUCCCCUGAGACCUUCUCUAGAUAACUGCACCUGGUCUGCCAGAAGAGAAGUGAAGGAAAGAUACCCACCCACACCAUAGUGUGAUUGCUUACAAGUUCUUGUAUGAAAAGGAAUCAUUUGAAAGCACCUGGGAUGGUUUAUUAGUUUUACAGGAUUCUCUUCUUCCUGGUUUCUCUUUAGAGGGAAAAAUAACAUAAAUUCAAAAGCAAUUCCAGUCUGAAGCACAAUUAUUUGCUUGCAUAACAAAAAUCUCUAAUCUUUUUCUGCACAUUACUAUUCUUAGAGGAGUUAAAAAGAAAAAUACUUUUUAAUGUGUUAGAACUCUCUAAUAAUAAAAAGUACAA